AUGUGACCCCCGGUAGUCACGUGGUUCCUGUGACAUCACGGGUCAGGUAGCUGCAUGGGAGCUAGCUGCUGGGGUGACUGGAGUGACUGUGGGGAGGCAGGGGGGUCACACUCCGGGCAGUGCUCACUCAGCUGGGAACAUAGGCUGUAUGGAAAUUGCGGUUUAAAAUCUGAAUGACUGACUGAGCAUUACGGUAAUUGGGGAGAUAAAGGUUAGAUAUUUACAUUAUCAGGGUGUCAUUCACAGCCCCAGUAUGAGCAAUCCCAGUACAAAGUACAUUAUAAACCUCUAUUUUGGGAUCAUUGCAGAAGGAAUCAUGUACAAAAUACACUUAGUAAACUUAAAUACAUUGGGUUAUGUUUAUUUGGGGGGGAAAUAAUAUUAUUGCACUUUAGGAACUUGCAGUUUAAAAUAAAACAUAACUUACAUUUGCUCAUUCCGAAAAGUGUCAACCUCAAAAAUAUAUGUGCUUUUUAUCUGACAGACAAUUGUAUUUUUUGUGUUCUUCAGAGUUUUUUAAUGAAAGCUAAUUUGAAUUUUUUUUUUAAAAGAAAUUAACCAUUAUUAUUAUUAUUAUAUUAUUUAUAUAGCGCCAUCAGAUUAAAUCCUCAAUAUAUUUGCUGUGUAUGUAACCUUUGUCUUUGUGUGUUCUCCUAUAUGUAAUGCACAGAUGAUGCACACCCAUGAAAAUUGAGCUUAAUUUCCCAAAUCUAACUAUUUAAAGGGAUACUCCAGGCACCAAGACCACGUCUGCCCAUUGGAGUGGUCUGGGUGCCCACUCCCACCACCCUUAAGUGUAAUUAUUGCAGUUUUUAUAAAGUGCAAUAAUUACCUUGCAGGGUUAAGUCCUCCUCUAGUGGCUGUCUAUCAGAGAGCCACUAGAGGGACUUCCGUGUUCUUAGAACACGAAAAGUGUUUUAAUUGACGCUGGACGUCCUCGCGUUAUGUGAGGACCUCCAGCGUCGCCGAAAUCCCCAUAGGAAAGCAUUGAAUAAUGAUUUCCUGUGGGGAGGUUUAAUGCGCAUGCGCGGCCAUUGCCGUCCAUGCGCAUCUGGUCUCCCCCACCGGCUGACGUCGGCUGGGGAGUAGAGUAGGCAGAGCCUUGCGCUGGACUCGGGUAAGUCAGUGAAGGGGUUUUAACCCCUUCAGCAACAUGGGAUGGGGGGUGGGAGAAAGAAAGUGCCAGGAAAACGAAUAUGUUUUCCUGGCACUGGAGAGUCUCUUUAAGUGUGUGUGUUUACAAUACUUUUGGAAUUCAAUUAUGGACACUUAUAAAAGGUUCCUUCUUUACGCAGUGCUUUUGUUAAAAGAUGCUGAAAGAAUAAAUCAAUACAUCAUAAUAUUUGUGAAUUAAAAAAAAAAAGACUGCAUUGUCUUGUGUAUUUUCAACUAAAUGUAAAGUAUGGUGAAACUUAAAUAUUCAUUUCAUGUAAUAUAUUUUGCUGCCACUUCCAAUGGCUAAUGAGAAAAGGCUUGUGCAAUACAUUGUGCCCAUGACAUCUCCUUGGGCAUAUGCAAAAUGAUCCAAGAUAUUCAAGACUCCUGUUUUAUACUGUUUAGCUUGCAUGAGAGUACAGAAAGUUUUGUGUUCCUGGUAGGAUCAUCUGCCAGGAGCUGGAAGAAGGGAGAACUUCCCAUUCUACCUCCAUGCAUCAUCAUCCAUUUGGAGGUCUUUGUAUAAAGAUGCAUACAAGUGACUGAUCUGCUGUAACCAACUUAAUUUCACUGAAUGAACUGACAGUGGGCGCAGCAAUAUUGUAUAAUUACUUUCAUACACAUCUAGUUACCUGUCUGAUGAUUCCUGUAUCUGAAUGUUGCGUCUGCUGAGAAUUGAUUGCAGACUGAUUUUGAUUGGCAUCUAUUUGGCAAAUUGUGGGUGAACUUUGCCAUAACGUUGUUUAAUUAUCACUGCAGUAGAAUCCUUUGUGGAUCACAUUGGGCCUGUUGAUGCCUCCUGGACUCUCCUGCAAUCUUGCUUUAAGGGUUAACGGUAUCAGUCACUAACCCGUAGACUGCUAAAUGUAAUGUCUAUAACAGCUAGUCUAUCUCUGUGAUCUUACCAAAAAUGUCUCUUUAAAUAUAAAACAGAAUGUUUGCGAAAUGUUUAGUUUUUGUUCUUCGUGUGAUUUCUAGGAAUCGCUGAGCUGUGCAGUCUGAGCUUGAUAAUUAAUCAGCUCCCUGUUUAUUUACUGCACUAAAAAUGGCAGGUGCUGCUGUUUAUUAAUCAUACAAAGACACAAACAAGGCCGGCUUCACCUCCAUAAUUAAUAGAGCAGGAUCCUUCUCUUUAUGUUGCUAAUAAAGAGGAGUGGGAACUGUUAGCAACUAUCAUGUUUUGUAAACGCAGCAGAGACGUUUAAUGAGCAGUAAAGGAUGUCUUGGUAUGAUAUUACAACUUUAAGAUAAACGCCUUUCCAUCACCAUUUCAGUAGCAUAACCACUAAAGCGGAAGUUCUAAAUUGCAAACUGUCCAGCGCAGGAUGACCUGGGUGUCUUAAAGCAGCACUGUCACUCUGUCUUUUUCCCAAUUGCUUCCUUUCUUUUUUCUACUCUCUUCCAUUCCCUUGUUUUUUUUGUUUUUUGUUUUUUUAAUCUAUUAAAUCUAACUAUUUUAUCUUAUGUAUUUUUCCUACUCUUGACAUUCAUAGACACUGGGAAGAGCUACCACUGCCUAGAAGUGUCAGUCCCCCAGCCGUCACCAGUGACGACUUCAGGGAAUUGGCUCUGUGUAUGGAGGAUAAUGUGGUCUCACAGGAUCCUUCAUAGACCUCAGUGCUAUACUACAGCAGUGACGUUGGCUGCUUGUGCUUCCUGAAGAGAACGGUGCAGAUCAGGUUCAGGUAAGUAGAACUCAUCUUUCCCUGCCACCGGACUCUGUGUCCGUGUCAUUGUAGAGUGCUAAGUAUAUAUGUAUAUAUUUUUUUGAUGCUGAAACAAAAUUAUACUGAACUGCCUUUGCACGUAACAUCAAAUUUGCCAAACAAAUAAGAUUCUGUUUUUCAAACAACAGUUAAAACAAAAAAAAACAAACAAAACCAAAACACAUUAAAACAAAUAGAGUGUAAAUCACAAGUGUUACUAAGACCGUAUAAUUCUGGGUAAUUUUAUUAGUAUAAAAUGUGCUUAUGAAGUUCCCUGCUCCUGAUGCAGUGCAUGGGCUACACACUGUCUCUAUUUAUAGGUAUGCUGGUAGCGAAGACCGUCCAUGAGAUCUUUCUACGAAUUCUCCACUUCCCAGCAGGACUGAGAGGGCAUCCCCGUCCCAAGGCUUCUGAGGUCCUGACACAACAUCUUCUACAGCGAAACCUACCGCACUGGACUUCAUACUGCGUGAAGUACAGUGCCGUCACAAACGACCAGUUUGCGCUGUCCAACUUCAACUGGGAAGUACAAGGCACAAAUUACCAUGUCCUACGAACAGGCUGCUUCCCAUUUAUUAAAUAUCACUGCUCCCGUGCUGCCCCCCAGGACCUGCAGCUCCACAACCACCUCUUCACUGCACUGAAAGCCAUAAAUCUAGGUAAGUGAUGGAGAGAUACUGUAAUUACACCCCACACACUCCAUCCUGCCUCCCACCCAAGGCUUAUUAAAUAUUUAGCUUUAUAAAGGCCAUCAAUUGUCUUUUCAAACAGAAUAUGUGGAGCGUGGCUUCCUGUGGCUGCUUAUCCAUAUGGCUGGGAUUAAUUACUUUGCUUUAUUAUCGCAGCUUAUUAAAAUCUCCCUUGCUGCCGUUGGUUAGAACAGCCCAUUAUGUUAGCGGGUUAUUAUGGGUUUCAUAUUAAUCGCAUUAUUAUCUCUCUGGCUGCCUUUCAUUAGUAAAGCUGUGGAGAUGCUCCUAACAUAAAUAAAUAAAAUAAACUUAUCCUUUUACUGCUAGCACAAUAGUGAAAGUCAGAACUGGCAAUAUGUGAAAGCAAGACUAAUGCGAGGAGAGGGAGGGGGAUGCUCCAUCGGACCUUGUUUUGACCUAUUGUCUGUGCCCUCUGCAGGAAUUCCAACACUCAUGUACGGCUUGGGAUCUUGGCUCUUCGCCCGGGUUACUGAGACUGUCCCUACCAGCUGUGGGCCUGUGACAAUCUACUUCCUCAUCAAGGAGGAUGAAGGGGCGAUGUUUUGAGAAGCACUAUUUUCUUUUUUUUACAUAGGUGACCCUUUUAUUUUCUGGACUUUUACUUCCUAGGUCAUCAAUUAUUCCUCUCCAUCAAGUUUCACCAUCUCCCUGACUGUCUCAUCAUCUACAGAUCCUUCUCAUAUUAUCUCCACCAAUUCACUGACAUCUAACCUUGUCACAGUCUCCUGCUGUGUAGCUCAAUCCUCGAAAUGAGUUAUUGCAUUAGUGGUCCAUUUAUUUAUGAUUAUAUUAUUUGGGUUGAGACUUUAUUUAUGAUCCCAUUCUGCAGUAUUGUUCGGACCAAUAUAAAUAAAGCAAAAAUAUGAACCUAGAUUCUAAAGCAUCGCUGUCCUUCUUCAAUACUGUGUCACAAUGUGACAGUGUACAAAACCAGAAAAAAAAGUUUCAAAAUCGAAAGAGG